AGGCACGGAACCUCUCUGCGUUUGUUUCCUCGCCUACAAAACCGGAUAAUGGAACUAACCACCCCCCAGGUGGUGGUGAGGGUGCAACAAAGUAACACAAGCCCCGGCUGUCCGCGCUCCCAGAGGGAACGUCAGCCUUCAGACCCACCCUUCUUUGCCACUUAACGCACGCGCGCUGGCGUCCCGUCCCCUCCCCGCGCCGGGAUCCGACUUCCGGUUCCGCCGGGACCCAGAAGCCAGGCUGACAAAUGGCGGCGUCCACGAAACAGGCCACCGGGGGCGUUGAAGAGGCCGCGGCGGAAGAGGAACCGCGAAUUCUGGAACCCGGGGCCGCCCCGUUUGGAAAUUUCCCUCAGUAUUCCCGCUUCCAUCCUCCAGAACAGCGGCUCCGCCUCUUGCCCCCGGAGCUGCUUCGCCGGCUUUUCCCUCAGAGUCCCGAAUCGAGGCCGAUCCUGGGGCUCGACGUAGGGUGUAACUCUGGGGAUCUGAGUGUGGCUCUAUACAAACACUUCCUUUCCUUACGUGAUGGGGAGACCUGCUCAGAUGCCUCAGAAGAACUCCAUCUACUCUGCUGCGACAUAGAUCCAGUCCUGGUGGAACGAGCUGAAAAAGAAUGUCCUUUUCCUGAUGCCCUGACCUUUAUCACCCUGGACUUUAUGAAUCAAAGAACCCGGAAAGUUCUCUUGAGCUCUUUCUUAAACCAGUUUGGACGGUCAGUUUUUGACAUUGGCUUCUGCAUGUCAGUAACCAUGUGGAUUCAUCUGAACCAUGGGGACCGUGGUCUGUGGGAGUUCCUAGCCCACCUUUCCUCCCUCUGCCGCUACCUCCUUGUGGAGCCUCAGCCCUGGAAGUGUUACCGGGCAGCUGCAAGGCGUCUCCGGAAGCUAGGCCUCCAUGACUUUGACCACUUCCGUUCCCUUGCCAUCCGAGGUGAUAUGGCCAAUCAGAUUGUGCAGAUCUUGACCCAGGACCAUGGCAUGGAAUUAGUAUGCUGCUUUGGCAACACCAGCUGGGACCGAAGCCUUCUGCUCUUCAGGGCAAAACAAGCCACAGAGACUCAUCCAAUUCCUGAAUCACUGGUAGAGAAAGGGAAAGAAAAGGACAGAUUACGAUCCUGGAGACAGUGAAAUGGGAGGGUGGGAAGGCCAGGAAAGAGAUAUUGAAUUAUAUUAUUAUUAUACAAAGAAUUAAGUUCACUGUCCUUAAUUCGUGAUUGUAAGGCAGCCUCAAAACCUGGCAGAAACUUUUGGCAAAAUGUCCAAGACAUGCGAUUGAAAGAAUCAGUAUCUAUUCCCCACUGUUUGAGUUGAUUCUGGAAGAAGAGACUGUAUCUGUGGAGCAAGGAGCUGGGCUCUCCGGAUUGAGAUGGCAUAGAAAAAGUGAUCUUGGUUCUAGGAUAUGGAGGGGGCUGCUUCUAGUGGUUAGAGACUUAGCCCAGGCUAGCCUUAGAAUGUAUCUGUUCCAUGGGCAACUUGAAUCUGAUCUGGCUGCUUCAGGCUUUUGCUGGACUUCCUUAUCCUGCCUUCAGGCAUCACCUCACAAUACAAUCUGGAAUGAAGAGUCACUGGCUUGGCUAAAGGAGAGAAUUAGUAUGAAAAACAUCUUAUCUUUCCAGAGCAGGUCAUGUAUCCAACAUGCCCAGGCUCAGCACAGCAUGUAACAGAUACUAGCCAAAAUGCGCUGGCUAGCAUUUAUAAGAUGUUUAAAAGAUUUAAAUUAUGACCCAAUAUCCAGCUGGUACAAAUACAAUGAAUGAAGUGGGACUGUAUAAUUAUAUAUAAUAAAAGUGACUUGAGUAUGAUUGAGAAUGCCCUGUGACUCUGGGGUAGGUAGGAAACUUCUGCUUUUAACCACUCUAUCCAGGGAGUUUUCAGCUCAAGAAAAAGAACCUCACCCAAGCUCAGAACAGAAAACAUACCAGAGAGUAAGUUAAUUUAGGACUUUUUUUUUUGUCAGAGUCCUCUGCCAAAGCACACCAACAUGGGGGUGGGGGGUACACAGCAUUACGGCAGUGGGAAUAUGUGCAGGGAAACAGGCAUAAAAUGCAGUCUACAAUUGAAUGACUAUAGCAUAAAUGCUGUGGGAUAGGCGUCACUGAUAUACAUCAGGUUUUGACACCCAUGAGUUGAGUCCAAGGGAAAGUGGGAGAUGGAGAAGGAUUUGGUGGAGAGAAUAUAGGAAAACAAAAGCUUCUUAGCUAUACCUAGCUAAGAAGGGCGACUGGAUUGAUGAGCUUCAAAGUCCUUAAGAUCCUAUUAUUUUCUGAAGUUAUAGAAGGAAGGCUGGGGAAUAAGAGUGUCUGAACCACCAAUUAAACUUUGGACCUAUUGGUAGAGAAGGUAGUAAAAGUUCCUGCUAGGGAAUUUGAACUCUAUGCAUAGAGAGCAAAAGCUAGUACAUUCCCCAAACUAUAGGAGAGUGGAACCAAAACCUUCAUUUAGGAAAACCGGUUUUUCUAUUUUGUGCAGGAUAAUUAUGUGGUUGGUGUCAUUUCCAAUCUCAGACUCCAGUACUACUUUUCAAUCUUUUUAUAUUCCUGCUCCUGAUCACUUUCAUCCUAGUGACUCUUGUGGACUUUUACCCUUCUGCAGGUUCUUGACUCUAUAUCCCUGUACCACUAGUCUAAGCAGAUUACCUAACCACCAACCAGCACCAUUCUUGUUUGCUGUAUCAGGAAGUCUUUUCUUGCUCUCAGUCUUUUUUUUUUUUUUUUUUUUUUAAUUUUUGUUUUAUUAUUACUGGUUUAUUUGACAGCGUGAACUUGGGAGGGGCAGAGAGGGAGACAGAGGAUCCAAGCAAGCUCCAAGCUGACAGCAGAGAUCCUGAUGUGGGGUUGAACUCACAAACAGUGAGAUCAUGACCUGAGCGUAAGACUCUUAACUGAGCCAUCCAGAGACAGUUGCCUUCAGUCUUAAACCCCUUCAUCUUUCCACCUUUUCACUUCUGAACUUACCCAAUGAACUUUUACCCAGAUAACCUCUGCCUGAGUUCCUGAUCCCAACCUCUACUACUUCUCCCAAACUGCUUUAUUGAGGAUCCCUUUGAUGUCUCCUUGGCUUCAUUAACUCCUUCCUGUCCACCUGCCAACGUGCUCAAUUCUCUCUCUAAAACCACCAACUUUUCCUGUAUCCGAUCUCUCUUCAAGUUUAUUCAGUCUCUCCAUCUCUUCACCACCAAAUGUGAGCAAAGCCCUUGAAAGAAUAGACUCCACAGUCUAUUUCCCAUUUAUCAAUGACCUUCUGAGUGCCAAAUUCUGAGGCCUCUUGUUCAGUCUUCCUCCUGGGUCAUGGGACUAUUCAGCACUAUUGAUCCCUUCUUUGAACUGCUCUCCCUUGGUUUCUUCGCCAUACACUUCUCCCUUUAUUCUCUUCCUAUCUUAGUUUUUCUGUACUCUUUAAGCAGUUAGUUCAAAUUUUAAUUGAACACGUUACCUGGAGAGUCCUGGAUUCAUCUCCAGAAACAGUGAUUCAGGUUAAGAAUGGGGCUUAGGGGUUGGUUUGGUUUGGCUUGAUUAGAUUUGUGGGAGGGUUUGUUGUUUGUUUGGGUUUGUUUAUUUGUUUGUUGCAUUUUUUUUUAUCGUGGUAAAAUAUGUAACAAAAUUUACCAUUUUAACUAUUUUAAAGUGUAUAAUUCCAUGGCAUUAAAUACAUCCACAAGGAGGAACCUGUUUUUAACAAGCACCCCAGGUGACUCUGAUGCAAAAUAGACCACAUUUUGAUUGCUUAGGACCCCUUAGGGUCCAUCCAGUCCUCUUCUACAUAUUUUUCAUGGAGUGAGUUCCUUCACUCCCAUGUCUUUAGCAACUACCUAUAUACUAUAACCCCCAAAUAUAUUGGUGGCCUCACUUCCACAGUUGCAGAUUAGUAUUUUUCCUGUUUUGUAAUCAUAUCCUCUUAGAUAGUUCUUAGGCACCUCAGAUUCAAUAUUCCAGAAGCAAACUCAUUACCCUCAUUCUAAACCUAAUCCUAUCUCAGUUGUUGCCAUCCACCCAUUGCUCAAGCAACAAACUUCAGGUGAGUCUCCUUGUUUAUGUGAGUCUCCCCACACUGAAAUAGUCACAAAAUCCAGUAAAUUCUUACGUGUCCAAUAACACGUAAGUCCCAUUUAUUCUAUCCAUGUGGCUGGUCCCUACGAGGCAUUUCUGUGUUAAGCCAUCUAUCCUUAUCUAAUCCCUGCUGCCAGUGUUCCCUUCCUCAGAUUCCUAGUUAUGCUAGUAUUAUGCUUAAAAACCUUCAGUGUUUUGGGGCACCUGGGUGGCUUGGUUAAGCGUCUGACUUCAGCUCAGUUCCGAUCUCACCGUUUGUGAGUUCGAGACCCGCAUCAGGCUUUGUGCUGACAGCUCAGAGCCUGGAGCUCGCUUCAGAUUUUGUGUCUCCCUCUCUCUCUGACCCUCCCCCACUCGCACUCUGUGUGUCUCUCUCUCAAAAAUAAACAUUAAAAAAAAUUUUUUUAAACCUUCAGUGUUUCCUAGAGCUAAAGUCCUGUCCUUUAUCCAGUGCCUAAACCAAUGUUGUUCAGUAAGGUAGCUGCUUGCUAUUUAAAUGUAAAUUAAAUAAAAUGAAAUAAAAUUUAAAAUUCAGCUCCUCAGUCUUACUAGCCACGUUACAGGUGUUCAAUAGCCAUAUGUGAUUAGUGGCUACUUUAUU